CAAGUGUGUCAUGCGCAGUUGAGUUCUUGAAGGCAGUAUGGCGUGUGAAGGUGAACGUUAGCUCGAACGUGUUUACAGUUUGAUCUUUAAAUCUUAUUUACCUGGAGGAAGGUGUGAUAUAUAUUCAGACUCAGUUUCCCCUCUAUCCUCCGUGCAGCCGCCAUGGCUGGUCUGUCGAACUACGCCGUGCGGAUGGCAAGGCUGAGCGCUCAGAUUUUCGGGGAGGUGGUUCGUCCCACAGACUCUAAGUCUAUGAAGGUGGUGCAGCUGUUCAGGGAGCCCCCCAUGGCCCAGAGGAAGGAGGUCUACGACUGGUACCCUCAGCACAAGAUCUACUACGCCAUGACACAGAAACUGCGCUUCAUGGGACUGUUCAGAGAUGAACACGAGGACUUUAAGGAGGAGAUGCGUCGUCUGAGGAAGCUGAGAGGAAAAGGGAAACCCAAGAAAGGAGAGGGGAAGAGAGCCAGCAAAAAGAAAUGAUCAUCCUGCCCUCUGUCUCCUCUCAGGACUUUAGUUUCUUAUUUUUUACACGGAGAGAGGUUUCUUUGGACUAUGGACACUGAGCGGGAGGGAGGCUGAACCUGAUGGCAUCAGCAGCAUCAUCAUCAUCAUCUUCAUCCUCACAAUCAGUCUGGACUGAACCGAGCAGCUGAUUAAUCUGGUCUCUCUCUCGUCCUCGGCUGUGUUUGUAAUAAAGUUUAUUCCUCUUGUUGUUGAGCCGUGUUUAAUCUCUGUGUUUAAGUCAAACAGGUGAAACAGACUCAAACAGUCCAGUUCUGAUGUCUCUUAUUUGUUGUGUGUAUCUGACUCUAUAAAGUGUGAUCCUGUCUGUUAAAGAUCCAUGAUGUGUUUUGUUGGAGCAGCAGCUGAGUGACGAGGUAUCAGCCUGAGGAGAAAGAGAUGUUCAGAGACACGUUCAUGUUAUUAAAGUGAAAUCUGUUAAAUGUUA